GCCACCGUAGGAGCCAAAACGGCAGCGCCGAGCGCGCGGUCUCGUCGCCCCGCUCCGCUCGUCAUCCCCUCGAGUCGACUGCUCCGCCACCCCGCGCCGGUCCGAUCGCUCUGGUGCGCUCUAGUAUCAUCCGACGCCGCGGUCGAUGGAGUUUACCGCCAGGGCUCGGGUGGACCCGCGCCCGCCGGCCGCCGCCGGCUCCCUCCCCGUCCGCAAUCGGCGGGUGGGCGGCGGAGCGAUCGGGAUCGGCUGGCCCCGCCGCGCCGCGGCCCCGAAGCUCUCUCUGCCUCCCGCCGUCGCGAGACGAGCGGUCUCCGCGGCGGGAGGAGGCCACCUGCUUCCCAGGCGCGUCGUCGUUCGCUCAGCGGGCGGCGGCGAUGGCGGGUUCCGCGGCGAGGACGCCGAGGGCGACCGGCCGUCUCCGGCACGUGCGUCCCCGCCGGAUGCCGCGGAGGGUGCAGCUUCUGAACGAAAUUCAGUUGGGGAUCAUCCUGGAGGAAUUAGGAGAGAGCUCAUGAAUUUGGCUGUACCUGCUAUAGUUGGGCAAGCAAUCGAUCCUGUGGCACAGUUACUGGAGACUGCAUAUAUUGGUCGCCUAGGUCCUGUGGAGUUGGCUUCAGCUGCCGUUGGCGUGUCAGUAUUUAACAUCAUAUCAAAGCUCUUCAACAUACCCCUCCUAAGCAUCACAACUUCAUUCGUAGCUGAAGAUGUUUCAAAACAUGAUUCUUCACAGCCUGCUUCAGGAAAUAUAUCUAGCGAGAUUGGAGAAAGAAAGAGGCUGCCGUCCAUAUCUUCUGCUUUACUCCUGGCAGCUGCAAUUGGUGUCAUCGAAGCCUCGGCUUUGAUUCUGGGGUCUGGAAUACUCCUCAACAUUAUGGGUGUCUCCCAAGCAUCUUCUAUGCACAAUCCAGCAAGGUUAUUUCUUUCUGUAAGAGCACUUGGUGCUCCUGCUGUUGUAGUUUCUUUGGCUAUUCAAGGUGUAUUUCGUGGACUGAAAGAUACAAAAACACCUCUACUAUACAGUGGUUUGGGCAACAUCUCAGCUGUGGUUCUACUUCCCUUUUUUGUGUAUUCCCUGAAACUUGGAUUAACUGGAGCUGCACUUGCUACUAUUGCUUCACAAUAUCUUGGUAUGUUCCUACUUCUCUGGUCUUUAAGCAGAAGAGCAGUUCUACUGCCACCAAAAAUCGAAGACCUAGAGUUUGUUGGGUACAUCAAAUCUGGUGGCAUGCUGUUAGGGAGAACCCUUUCAGUUCUGAUAACAAUGACCCUUGGGACUGCAAUGGCUGCUAGGCAAGGUGCACUAGCUAUGGCCGCUCAUCAAAUAUGUCUGCAAGUAUGGCUGGCAGUAUCAUUACUUUCGGAUGCAUUGGCUGUUUCUGCACAGGCGUUGAUUGCAAGUUCGUUUGCUAAACUUGACUAUGAAAAGGUGAAGGAGGUCACAUCCUAUGUAUUAAAGACAGGAGUAAUUGUUGGUAUUGCUUUAGCAGUUCUUCUGUCUGCCUCUUUUGGUAGACUUGCAGAAGUAUUCUCAAAAGAUCCCAUGGUUAUACAAAUUGUGAGGAGUGGUGUUUUGUUUGUUAGUGCUAGCCAGCCAAUCAAUGCCCUAGCUUUUAUCUUCGAUGGACUUCAUUACGGCGUCUCAGACUUCUCAUACUCAGCUUUCUCCAUGAUGGUAGUCGGAGCACUGUCCUCUUUAUAUUUGUUGUACGCUCCACAAGUUUUUGGCCUUCCUGGUGUUUGGGCUGGCCUGGUUCUUUUCAUGAGUUUGCGUAUGACUGCUGGAUUUAUGAGAUUGGGAUGGAGAGCAGGACCAUGGUGGUUUUUGCACCAGAAAGAACCUAGAUACAAGUUACAUUCAAGAAAAUGUUGAUCACAGGAGCUGAUUAGCCUAAUGGCGAGAUUAGGAUGCAGAAGGGGACUUAUGAAAGGCGCAUUAUGAUUUCAAAAUAUAUUUACUUAGCAUUAUGUUGACUUCUGUGUAUGUUUCCAACCAUUAGGUAGUUUUGGAACUUACAGUUCAAGAGUAAAGGU